GGGUGCCUGGAGCUGUGUGGGGCUCUUAGCAUUGGCUUGAAUAGUGGCAUCGCGUUCACACAGCACAGAGCUGAGUGAUAGCCUUCGCACUGAGGUUUUCACUAUGUUUUAUACAUACUGCUUCAUUCCUGUGUCUUAGAUUAGGCAUGGUAGAAACUUCUUACUCCGUGGUAAGAAAGUGCCUGCUCUGCGGACACGGAAAGUCUCAGUAUGGGGAACGUGCUGUUUCUGUGUUGCAAUCUCUGGUGCUAAGCUUUGCUGCAGCAGAAGCUGCUCAGGCUGCAGUGGGAGGACUGCUGUGUGUUUUCUGUAACAUCUCUGCUUGCAGAAGCAGAACUGGUGGGCAGACUUUCUGCACCAUUCCUCUUUGCAUCAGAGCACCAGCAGCACGGGAUGCUGAGUGACUGGGAUGGCUGGCUGGGGCGUGCUGACCUAGUGUUGGAUUGCACCUCACCAGAAGCAGCGUGCUAGGGGAUUGUGCUGCUCUUCUCAAAUAGGGUUUGACUCACGGAAGGAAGCACGGAAAGAUUGCGAGUGGGGAGAGUGGAUUGCUAUUGCUGCAGUGGUGAGAAGCUCAGGGAUAAGUCCUCUUGGCUGAGUCUGGUCUGUGCUGGGCCGUGCUUUUGAGGAGAGUGUCCAAAAGCUGCGUCAUCCUAUUCAAUGCCACGCGGAGGAAUUCUUCUGGGAUUUCCCUUCCCUCCAUGGGCUUGGUUAUUCCUGGCUGGCAACUCAGAAGACUACCAUCCUCUCACAGGAGUUUCUGGAUUGCCCAGGAAAACAAUGAUCAGAGCUGGGAGUUCUUUUCCCUGUGGGGUAUUUCCCAUCGCAGAAGUGUGUUUUUGUGAGUGCAGCUCAUGUGAUGGUGACUUUGCAGCUCAGAUCUGUUCCCUGGGAUCUGGACAAGUGAAGAACCGUAUGUGGAACACAAAUGCGUCUGUGCAGCCAAGGCUUGCAGUGCACCAGCCUGCAGGAUAAACAGUUGGCUUCAGCCCAUGGAGAUCUGGCAGCACAAAGUUCAUGCUGAAAUGUAGAAAUCACUGAUGACAAGGGCAGGCUGCCACUUUUCUCUAUUCAUUUCAUCUCUUAAUGAGACUCACCCAGCCCCGCUAUUGGGGACUGCCAGUAGGGAGGCCCUGCACAAAGCCCUCAAUUAUACUCCACCUGCGUGCCUCCAGCUGGCUCACAAGGUGUGUGCUUAGGUUUCCCGAGCACGUUUGGAGCUCAAGAUCAUGCCCAGUCUGUGCAUCAGCAGAAGGCAGAGCUGCAGGAGCAAGGUCCUCAUCUGAAGUGGAGGAUGGAGGGUGGGAACAGCCCCAGCGACACCAGCUCCGCAGGCAGGAGGCUUGCAGCGCAAUUCACAAACCCAUCCAGGACAUUCUGGAUCAUCUUGUCCAUCGCCUUGUUUUUUGCAGCUGUCGGCAUCAGUGUCGGGGGGAUUCUCGGCUUCUCCCACAGCUCUGCCCAGGCUGGACCACAGCUCGGCCGGCUCACGCUGCACGGGGAGCAGGACGCGCCGAGGAACCAGACAGCCACAGUGGAUGUGUCCAGGAGCACUGUCACCUACUACAUCACCUCGCGGAGUAACCGCAGCGCCGUCGUGCUGUACGACAGCCAGCACGGCUACGUGUGCUACAGACCCGUGGAGCAGCAUGCCUGCUACCUGCGCACGAUGGACCCUGAGGACCGUGAGACCGCACAGGUGAUGCUGAGUGCAGCCGAGCAGAGGGGUGAUGCAUCGCUACUCCGGAAUAACCAGACCAAGUACUACAGGGAGUUCCUGGGCAUUGUGGCAGGGGAACAGGUGGACCCCAAGGGCGUGGGGGAGGCCAUCCAAGCCCUCUGUGAGCAGACACCCAUCUUCUGGGUCCGGAGAGCAGACGGUCCAGGGAAGCAGCGGCUGAUCUACCUUUGCAUUGACAUAUGUUUUCCAAGCAAUAUUUGUGUGUCUAUCUGCUUCUAUUACCUUCCUGACUAAGUACCACAGCCCCAGAUGCCCUCUCACUGCUCUACAUACUUGAACUGUAUUCCUGAAACGCCUCUGAUUUCAACAAGGAAGGUAACAUCUACAACACUGCCUAAAAGCUUCCUGCUGAUCUCAUGCUGCUCUUCAGGAGAAUUUAGGUAACAGAACUCCGCUCAGUGCUGUUGGUACAGACAUUUUAUUUGCAGCUGUGCUCCAGGGCUGCAUCUUGUAUGUAGGCAGUAGAUCUAGACAGAGGAACCAUGUGGAGUAGCUAGUGUUUUGUGGCCAUGUGCCCUGUUCUACACCGGGUUGUUAAAACUUGCUGGGGGUGGUGGUUUUAUAAGAGAGCAGCUCUCCAAGAAAGUUUGUGAAAUACAUAUUUGAAUAAAGGGGUUGCAAAACAA